AUGGCGCAAUCUGGUGUGUUUGGUGAUACAGAUGCAGUGGAGUCAGUGUCAGUGCUGGAGGGAGAUUCAGUCACUCUACACUCUGGUCUUACUGACAUGAUGGAUGAAGAUGUGAUUCUGUGGAGGUUUGGAUCUGAAAACACUUUAAUAGCUGAAAUCGAUGUAAUGGCCGACAGCAGCAUGACUGUAUAUGAUGAUGUUCUUGAUGAGAGAUUCAGAGACAGACUGAAGCUGGAUCAUCAAACUGGAUCUCUGAUCAUCACAAACACCAGAACUGAACACACUGGACUCUAUCAACUACAGAGCAACAGUGUGUGUCAGAGAUUCAGUCUUGCUGUCUAUGCUCGUCUGCCUGUUCCUAACAUUACCAGAGAUUGUUCAUCAUCAUCAUCAUCAUCAUCAUCAUCAUCAUCAUCAUAUUGUUCAUUGUUGUGUUCAGUGGUGAAUGUGGGUCAUGUGACUCUCUCCUGGUACAAAGGAAACAGUUUAUUGUCCAGCAUCAGUGUGUCUGAUCUCAGCAUCAGUCUCUCUCUACCUCUGGAGGUGGAAUAUCAGGAUAAAAACAGCUACAGCUGUGUGCUCAACAAUCCCAUCAGCAACCAGACCACACAUCUGAACAUCACUCAACUCUGUCAACCAUGUGCAGAAGUCCAGUGUUGUGAUACAGCUGAAGCUGUGAUGCGAUUGGUCGUCACUGCUCUGAUGGGCGUGGCUGCUGCAGCUGCUGCUGUUCUUCUGCUCAAUGACGUCAGAUCUUCUAGAGGUUAAUAGAGGAAAACAGAACAGAUAUCAUAAAUAUUCUGAUAUAUUCUGGAAUCUUGAUCUUUAAAGAUGAAAAUAUCUGUAGUCUAAUUGUUUAAUGACAGUGAAACAAAGCUUUGCUUUCCAGUGCCUCUGAACUAGAUCAUAUAACUGUUCAUUAACUGAAUGAAUCUUUUCAGUAUGGUGUAUGUUGGUUCCAUCUGGUGGCUAGAAUUAUGAAUAUUCUUCUAUAUUUGAAGAGUUCAUCUGCAAAAAGAUAACUCAGUUUUUAUAAAUUUUCCAUUUAUAUUUCUCAUU